AUGGCGGAUGAGCAAGUCCUGCUUCAAAGKGAGUUGCUGAGCGAGUUCAUACUUACCGUUCGUACAGUAGAGGGAAAAAAUUAUGAGCCAACGUCCCUCCGAGGCAUGAUUGCUAGCUUUGAAAGAUUUUUAAAGCGCAAAAACUACCAAGUCAGUAUUAUCAACGAUUUGGCAUUUGAAAAAAACCGUAAAACCCUGCAGUCUAAGCAAAAAGAGCUAAAGAAACGAGGCAAAGGUAAUAAGCCAAAUGCAUCAGUGGCAUUGACAGAAGAUGAGRUGAAAGUCCUCUAUGAAAAAGGUCUCCUUGGAAUUUCAAGUCCUGAGGCGCUUCUUAACUCUCUUUGGCUGAACAAUACUCUUCAUUUCGGACUUCGUGGGAUUCAGGAACAUCACAGUAUGUGCUGGGGCGAUGUGACUUUGAACAAAACAGCGGGUGGCGUCGAGUAUCUAGAAUACAACGAAAGGCAAACGAAAACACGUACCGGCGCAAACGCAACUGAUGUCAGGCCGUUUCCACCAAAAAUGUUCGCCACGGAUGGCAGUGAAAAAGAUCCCGUCAAAGUUUAC